GUCGUGUUUCCGGAAUUCCGUGGGCGUGGCGCGAAGGCGAAGCGGAGCGUGGUGGUCCCACUCUUGGUGCGGUGUUGCAGACGGUGCUGGGAACCCGAGGGCCGGUAUGCCUCGGUAUGCGCAACUGGUCAUGGGCCCCGCAGGCAGCGGGAAGAGCACCUACUGUGCCACCAUGGUCCAGCACUGUGAAGCCCUCAAUCGGUCUGUCCAAGUCGUGAACUUAGAUCCUGCAGCAGAGCACUUCAACUACUCUGUGAUGGCCGACAUCCGGGAACUGAUUGAGGUCGAUGAUGUGAUGGAGGAUGACUCCCUGCGGUUCGGUCCCAAUGGAGGAUUGGUAUUUUGCAUGGAGUACUUUGCUAAUAAUUUUGACUGGCUGGAGAACUGUCUGGGCCAUGUCGAGGACGACUACAUCCUUUUUGAUUGUCCAGGUCAGAUUGAGUUGUACACGCACCUGCCUGUGAUGAAACAGCUGAUUCAGCAGCUCGAACAGUGGGAGUUCCGAGUCUGCGGGGUUUUCCUUGUUGACUCUCAGUUCAUGGUGGAGUCAUUCAAGUUUCUUUCUGGCGUCAUGGCAGCCCUGAGUGCAAUGAUCUCUCUAGAAAUUCCACAAGUUAACAUCAUGACAAAAAUGGAUCUGCUGAGUAAGAAAGCUAAAAAGGAAAUUGAGAAGUUUCUAGAUCCAGAUGUGUACUCCUUGUUAAAUGAUUCUACAAGUGACUUACGAAGCAAAAAAUUCAAAAAAUUGACUAAAGCUAUAUGUGGACUGAUCGAUGACUACAGCAUGGUGCGGUUCUUACCUUACGACCAGUCAGAUGAAGAAAGCAUGAACGUUGUAUUACAGCAUAUUGAUUUUGCCAUUCAGUAUGGAGAAGACUUGGAAUUUAAAGAACCAAAGGAACAUGAAGAGGAGUCAUCUUCUAUGUUCGAUGAAUAUUUUCGAGAACGCCAGAAUGAGUGAAGAUUUUACUGAAAAUUAACUGUGUACACGUGAAGAGCUUCUGGCUGAACCCACAAGACAUUCUUCUCUUCAGAGGAUGCAGUAGUAGAAAGCUACUUACUCUAAUGGAAAAAAAUACUACCGUCAUGUACCACGUAACAUCCAUUCGGGCAACAUCCAACUGCAUAUAUGUCCGUGGUCAUGUAAGAUUGUUGUUGGGGUUUUUUUUGUUUUUUUUUGAAAGGGGAAGCUGCUCUCCUUUUGUUUGUUACUUUAUUUGUUGUAAUGGCUUUAAAGACCCCAAACCCCCAGAGUGAAUGAGCAGUGGGGUUCCAGGGCGCAUCCCAACCCCUGCAGCACCUCGUCUUCCGUCUCCUCCUCUCCUUCCUCUCCUCCUGGCUUCAUUUACCCGUCCAGCAGCUGUGCAUCCAUUCACUCCAGGUACAGGGCAGUGCCUGCCACAGCUCCUGCCGCGGUGCUGGCGGGUGGCUGGCGGGGUCUGGAGUGCUUGCAGGCUCCUGGCUCCAGGUGGCUGCACGUGAUCAGGAAGCAGCCUCACCAAAAUGGCAGUGGCAGCCAGAGCCGCCACCACCAGUCAUGCUCCGUGGCAUCUACACACCCUGUCCCCACCCCGCACCUGAACGUGCUCAAAGUCCCAAUCUGGCUGCUGGUACAGCCCCAGGCCAGCCCACAGCCACAUACCUGGCAGGGCCGGCCUCCUGUAUCCAGUGAAUACAGUUUUCAGACAAGUCUCGUGGGUAGGUGGCGGCAGAGGCUGCUGGGCCUGCGCUGCUCCUGCUCAGGCGAUGGAACAGUGGGCGGGCUGGGGCCCAUAAUCCAGGGACUGUCUGUGUGUAAUGCGGUGUUCACACAGCAUCCAAGCCGCAUAACAGCCUAUUUCACAGAAUGUAUCAUGGUUAUUAAGCAACACGUGACUGUAAUUGGCUCUUUGUCCGCAGAUGCCUGAAUCAUGUUCUGAGUUAUUCUGCUGCUGUUUAAAGUGGAAUCAUUUGGUGUUGUUUUAAUUCCAUCAGUUUAGGUUUUAAAAGUUGAAAAGAGUGUACAUAGAUUUGUAUAUAACAUAAAUUAGCACCUGGACUACAUUUAAGACCAGACUAACAUUUUUACUGUUUGGUUUCAUUUUUGAGGGUUUUGGGGGCAGCGAGAAUUACUGUAACAAAAUAUACACAUGUAUAUAUGUCCAAAUGAAGAAAUCUAUGUCCAAAUGAAGAAAUCUAGAAGGAUAUAGAUAAGGCUUUGCUUCUCUGUAUCUUCAGUUUUUCUGCAUUGAGAAUGUUUUAUUUGUACAUAGGUAGUCCCCGAUUCUUACAACAUGCUGGAGUUACGACAAAC